AUGAAAAUUACCAUUCAGAUAAAAAGUCAAGCCUUUGAAACAAAAAAUAAACUUGCAAAAAUAAUUCAAGAUAAUAUUAUUAGUAUGCCGGAGGAAAUUCAUCCUUAUAUUCCUUUAAUUAACACUUUUUGUAAAACAAUUAGCUGUCUUAGAAGAUUGGAAAUGCCAUCACAACCACAAAAUAUUUCUGAAGUUAACAUAUCAGAAUCCCUUUGUUUUACUUUAAAUAGUAAUUUUUUCUUAGUUAAAGAUCAUAUGGUUGAUCAAGAACGAAUCCUUAUAUUUACUAUAAGUGAAAAUAUCAGACUUAUCUA